AUGAGCGCGAAUGUCGAAGCUGGUUUUGGAAGGUUUAUUGAAGAGGCUUAUAGCAACGAACCAUUUGUUAAGGCGUGUAGACCACUCGUUUGGACGGGAUUUGGAGAUGCAGGUACACGGGAACAUCUGACGGGAGCAAGAAGAUUGGGAUUCUGUGAAAUGCAAGGCAAAAAUUAUCAACUAAAUAAAAAUUUUUGA